AUGACUCUUAUGCCUGGAGAAAAUUCCGACUAUGACUAUAGUGCCCUGAGCUGUACUUCAGAUGCUUCCUUCAACCACAGGUUCUUUCCAGAAUCUGAAACCCUCAAGGGAGUGUUUUACCAAAGAGCCAGGCUAAUCCACCCUCAGGAGGAUCUCCUCAAAGGCUUCCACCCCGACGACCGCAAGCGUCACAUAAUUAUCAACGUGGGGGGCAUCAAGUACUUGCUCCCCUGGACCACACUCGAUGAGUUCCCCCUGACACGUUUCUCGGGCAACAUCUACCUGGACAAGGUGGGGCUGGUGCUGCGGAUCCUGCGGGCUCUGCGCAUCCUGUACGUGAUGCGGCUGGCGCGGCACUCGCUGGGGCUGCAGACGCUGGGGCUGACGGCGCGGCGCUGCACGCGCGAGUUCGGGCUGCUGCUGCUCUUCCUGUGCGUGGCCAUCGCGCUCUUUGCACCCCUGCUCUACGUCAUCGAGAACGAGAUGGCCGACUCGCAGGAGUUCACCAGCAUCCCCGCCUGCUACUGGUGGGCUGUCAUCACCAUGACCACCGUGGGCUACGGGGACAUGGUGCCCAGGAGCAUCCCCGGGCAGGUGGUUGCACUGAGCAGCAUCCUGAGCGGAAUCCUCCUCAUGGCCUUCCCGGUCACCUCCAUCUUCCACACCUUCUCACGCUCCUACCUGGAGCUGAAGCAAGAGCAGGAGAGGAUCAUGUACAGGAGAGCACAGUUCUUGCUGAAAGCCAAGUCUCAGAUGAGCAACGAGUCGCAAGGCAGCGAGGUUUUGUUCACCACUCUCUCUUCCGAGACUAGGGACAAUGAAUGA